AUGGCAACGAGUCGGGAUCUACAAGGUUCAACACCAUCUACGCCGGCCGAAACCCGUCACCCAGCGGAGGCCGAUUUGCCAACGCCGCUUCCAUUGAGUCGUGGAAAGAAGCGCAAGACUUUGUCGCCAGACCAAGCAUCAAUCCGGCCUCGUGACUCCUCCCAUGCCUCCAAAAGUGUUUCUUCGACACCAAACUCGGCCACGCCACCACAUCAUGGGAACAGUGAGCAACAUGGACACACGAAACGGCCUAGACGCGGCGACUCGCACCAAGGUCUCAGCGGCGACCUUGCUGACGAGGUAGACCCGCGGGAAGAACAGGAGCAUUUCGACGCCAUGGCGGAUGAGAAGAAAUUCUUUCCAGGAAGCGCUGCGUGGGCUGAUGAUGAGCUUCGACUAUUCGAGAUACUGUACAUGAGGCAGUACAACCCUCUGCUACCGAGAAAAUGGGACAUGGAUUUCAGGGGCAUCCCCAUUCCCGGCGUGUUGUUUUCGAAGAACGAUGACGCGACGCCCGUCAUCUGUUCUCAGUCUAGCAACGAGUUUAAAGCUACCAAGGCUUUGAUCCAGCUGAUCGAAUUGACAUCAAGCGUCCGUUCACUGAUGCAGAGCGGCCAGCGUGACAAGGUACCUAUCUGUAUACGCAAAGAGCUCGAAGAGUAUGCAAGGUGGGCUGCCCAGGAUGGAAGCUACGACAACCUCGACAUAGUUCCCAAUGUCAUCAUAGACAUUGUGGAUACCACGGUCGGCAGUGUCAAGAUUGAAGAGCGCAUGCAGAAUCGGCUGAGGACAUUGGCCGCCAGACAUCGUGCAUAUUGGCUGAUCAAUUGCUCGGGAAAAGCUGCUGUGCCGCGCGACGGAACACCAGAUGGACUUGCGAAGAGCGAGUCGGACGACGAUUGCACCGCAAAAUCGGAGCGAGACAGUACUUCUCCCCUGGUCAUCAAGCGCGAAGACGGGGAAACGGAAAUCGUCCAUCUGACGGACGAAUCAAAAAUGCAGAGACCCAGCAUCGAGUCGCCAUACAUGCAACAGCCACCCGUUCUGUACGGCAUGUUCAUCGUCAACGCCACCGUCAUGAUCCUGUCCAUAGAUUCAGCAAAAGAGGAUGAUGUUGCGCACGUCAGCUACCAGGUGGAAGUCGGGUUUAACGUGAAGAAUCAAGGCGUCUGGAACGCCAUCACGGUAGCCAUUGUCAUGUGCCUUGCAAGAGACCACAUGAUGACCUUGACAAAAAACUUUGUUCAGCUGUCUGAUGACGCCGACAGCGACCCCGACGCUUGA